CGGGAAAACAGAGAUCCACAACAAGCUUUUCGAUCAUGGCUUAAAAAAAAGCAUGAAGAACAGAUGAAAGAAAGAAAGGCAGAAGAACUAAGAAAGCAAGAGGAAUGCUUAUUCUUCCUUAUAGGAACAGAAGGCCGUGAAAGGGCCUUUAAACAAUGGCUGAGAAGGAAACGGAUAGAAAAAAUAGAAGAGCAACAAGCUGUUAAAGAGAGAGCUAGACAGCUCCGACUGGAAGCAAAGCGUUCUAAACAGUUACAGAACCACCUUUGUAUGUCAGAAGCCAAAUCUUUUCGUUUUACCGAUCAUUAUAACUGAAGGUAUCUAUUAAAUACUUCAUUUGGCAGCUGCAAUCAUUAAAAUUUUUGAUAUCAUUUCUUCUGCGUGCUUUGAUCUUACUCUAAAUUAUGGAAAUGGUAUUUAUGUUUUGGUGAUGUUGACAGUAAAUUUAUGUUUUUUUUUUAACACUAGAAUGAAAUAAAUUUCUUCUCUCAUAGUAUUGUAAUGUGUUGUGCCAUCUCUUAGUCUGUACAACAAAUUGAACAAAUGAACUCUGUGUUGUAAUACACCUAAAUUGUUUUAUAACAUUUCUAGCUAGAAUGAACACAAGAAAGGGACAAAUUUCUAUUCAUAGUUCCUAUUACCACUUUAAAAAAAUGCAACAGAACAUUUCAUAAGGCAGGAGUGACUUCUUAAGCCUGGUUCAAGACCUUAUACAAAGUCCUCUUUAUGUCAACUUUGAAACUGAAUAGCUGUGGCGAGGUAAGCAAAAGGAUAGGCCUAAUUCCACCUGUUAGUACUUAAAAAAAAAAAAGUAACAAUUAUGCAUAAUCUUUGAUACAUGUAAGAACGUGUAAGGGAUAGGGGACAAAGUAAUAAAGUAAGCAUGCAAAUGUGAUAGAAAAUGAACAGUCACUGUAAGAAUUCUGUUAAAGCUUCAAAAGACAAGGUUCUCAUCAACUGGGUAUUUGUACCUUAAUCACUUGACCCUAAAUUAGAAAACACAUAGAACUCUUCAGUCCUAUCUCAACUUCUUAUAGCACUUUGAGCAUAUACCAGGCAAUUUAAUAUCAGCCACCACCUCUAUAUCCAGUUCCAAAAUAUUUUUUCACCCCAAAAGAAAACCCCUUGCCUGUUAAGCAGUCACUCCCUAAUCUCUUCUCCUCCGAGCCCCUGGCAAACACUAUGUGCUUUUUCUGUCUCUAAGGAUUUGCCUAUUCUAUUUCAUAUAAAUGAAGUAAUACAAUAUGACCUUUUACGUUUGGCUUCUUUAACUUAGCAUAAUAUUUUGGAGUUUCAUCCAUAUUGUAGCAUGUAUCAG